CCUGUUAUGGCGCCCCCUGGUUUCUCUUUUUUGACUUCUCUCUUCUUCCACCCACACACACGCAUAGAAUAAUAUAUAUAACCCUCUUCCUUUCAAUUCUCUCUAGAAACUCUCAACUACUACCUCUCCCAAUACUUCUCCCUCUCGCUUCUUCAUUCUUUAGAUAUCUAUUGCAUGCCUUCUUCUUUCUCCUCCGGCCAACUCUCGGCGUCUUCCUCCUCUUUCCGAAACACAAAGGCCUGCAACUCUUUAUAUUUAAGCUAGGUACGAAGAAGAAGAAGAAGGAAGAGAGAACAGCAGAUUUGGUUCUGGAAGGAGAGAAGAUCAAUGGAGAUCCACCAAGACAAUAACCAGCAGCAUCCGGAUCCAUGGCCCGAGGCCGACGCGGCCGGGAGCAGGCGGGUCGGGCACAGCGGCCCUCUGGUGAGCGGCAGCAAGAGGAACAGCAGCAAGAAGAGCGCGCGGUUCAAGGACGAGUACGUGGAGAUCACGCUCGACGUCCGCGACGACUCGGUCUCCGUCCAGAACAUCAAGGGCGGCGACCCGGAGACGGCGCUCCUCGCCAGCCGCCUCGAGCGCCGCCCCUCGUCCCUCAGCUCGCAGCUCUCCCUCCGGAUCCGCCAGGUGUCGCAGGAGCUCCGCCGAAUCGCCUCCACCUCCACUUCGCGGCCCUUCAACAAGGUCGACCGUAGCAAGUCCGGCGCCGCCCGCGCCCUCCGCGGGCUCCAGUUCAUGACCACAAACGUCGGCAGCCGGUACGAGCGUGGCUGGUCGGAGAUCGAACGCCGGUUCGAUGAGUUAGCGGUGGACGGCGCUCUGCCGAAGACGCGGUUUGGUCAAUGCAUAGGAAUGAAGGAGUCAAGCGAGUUCGCCGGCGAGUUGUUCGACGCGCUGGCACGGCGGCGGGGGAUAAUAUCGGCGUCGAUCGGCAAGGCGGAGCUGCAUGAGUUCUGGGAACAAAUUACCGACCAAAGCUUCGACGCCCGCCUCCAAACCUUCUUUGACAUGGUCGAUAAAAAUGCUGAUGGUCGAAUUACAGAACAAGAGGUGAAGGAGAUUAUCACACUAAGUGCUUCAGCCAAUAAGCUUUCAAAUAUCAAAGAACGGGCGGACGAGUAUGCCGCUCUUAUCAUGGAAGAGUUGGAUCCCGAUAACCUCGGAUACAUUGAGUUGUACAACUUGGAGAUGCUGCUGCUGCAAGCGCCGGGGCAGUCGGCGAACCUGACAACGAACAGCCGAGUACUGAGUCAGCUACUAAGUCAGAAGCUGGUGCCCACCAAGGAACCCAACCCGCUCCGGCGAGGCUACCGCAACCUCCAGUACUUCGUGGAGGACAACUGGAAGCGCGUGUGGGUGAUCCUGCUGUGGCUCGCCGUCUGCGCCGCCCUCUUCACCUGGAAGUUCAUCCAGUACAAGCACCGGGCAGUGUUCGACGUCAUGGGCUACUGUGUCACCACCGCCAAGGGCGCCGCCGAGACCCUCAAGUUCAACAUGGCCCUCAUCCUCCUCCCCGUCUGCCGGAACACCAUCACUUUCCUUCGCAGCCGCACCAAGCUCGGCGUCGUCGUCCCCUUCGACGACAACAUUAAUUUCCACAAGGUUAUCGCGUUUGGAAUAGCGAUCGGAGUAGGGCUUCACGCCGGAGCGCAUUUAACGUGCGACUUUCCGCGGCUGCUGCACGCGACGGACGAGGAGUACGAGCCCAUGAAGCCGUUUUUCGGGGAGAAGAGGCCGAACAACUAUUGGUGGUUUGUGAAGGGGACGGAGGGGUGGACGGGGGUGGUCAUGGUGGUGCUCAUGGCUAUCGCUUACGUGCUGGCCCAGCCCUGGUUCCGCCGCAACAGGCUAAGCCUCCCCAAGACCCUAAAGCGGCUGACGGGAUUCAAUGCCUUCUGGUACUCCCACCACCUCUUCGUCAUCGUCUACGCCCUCUUCAUCGUCCAUGGCUACUACCUCUACCUCUCGAAGAAAUGGUACAAAAAAACCACGUGGAUGUAUCUAGCAGUUCCUAUGGUGUUAUAUGCGUGCGAGCGAUUGAUUCGUGCGUUUAGGUCGGGAUAUAAGUCGGUCCAAAUUUUGAAGGUAGCAGUAUACCCUGGAAAUGUGUUAGCUCUUCACAUGUCAAAGCCUCAAGGAUUCAGAUACACGAGUGGGCAAUAUAUCUUCGUGAACUGCUCAGAUGUGUCUCCAUUUCAAUGGCAUCCAUUCUCCAUUACGUCUGCACCGGGAGACGAUUACGUGAGCGUCCAUAUUCGCACAUUGGGCGACUGGACAUCCCAGCUCAAGGCCCUCUUCUCCAAGGCAUGCCAGCCUCCAAUAGCUGGCCAGAGCGGCCUCUUAAGAGCUGACAUUGGAGGCAGUAACAAGCCCAGGUUGCCGAAGCUACUGAUCGACGGCCCGUACGGGGCGCCGGCGCAGGACUACAAGAAAUACGACGUGCUCCUCCUGGUGGGGCUGGGGAUCGGCGCCACGCCUCUCAUCAGCAUUGUCAAGGACGUUCUGAACAACAUCAAGCACCAGAAGGAGAUAGAAGAAGGAAGAUCGCCGCCGCUGGCGGCAGGGGGGAUCAAGCAAAGGAGGCCGUUCGCGACGAAGAGGGCGUACUUCUACUGGGUGACGAGGGAGCAGGGGUCGUUCGAGUGGUUCAAGGGUGUGAUGAACGAGGUGGCGGAGAACGACAGGGAAGGAGUGAUAGAGCUCCACAACUACUGCACCAGCGUGUACGAGGAGGGCGACGCCCGCUCCGCCCUCAUCGCCAUGCUUCAGUCCCUCCACCACGCCAAGAACGGCGUCGACAUCGUCUCCGGCACCCAUGUCAAGACCCACUUCGCCCGCCCCAACUGGCGGACCGUCUUUAAGCACGUCGCCAUCAAGCAUCCCGAUCAGCGAGUUGGGGUGUUUUACUGUGGUGCACCUGGACUCACUGGGGACCUAAGAAGGUUAGCCCUAGACUUUUCCCGGAAAACCUCCACCAAGUUUGAUUUCCACAAGGAAAAUUUUUAAAUUCUUUCUUUGUUUCUUUAUUUUUUUUCCCCACUUAUAGCUAUACGUGUUAUAAUUUUUUGCCCAGCUAAUUAGAGUAGUGUACGAUAGUCUAUACAAGUAAUGUCCUUUUUUUUUUUUUUUUUUAAUUUCUUAAUUAGUUUGUUUUAAUUAAGUAUAUAUAUAAUAUAGAUGUAUUUAAUUAAUGAAAUACUCUCCCCUUUGUAAGUGUAUUUAUCUAUAAUGUAAUGUUUCACCCAGAGUCAAAAAUCUGAAGUUAUAUCAA